CCCCAAAUUCACGGAAACAACGACGGCAAGUCCGCAACGAAGAUAGCGACGCUGCUGGUCCACACUAAUCGAUGGCGACAAAAAAUCAUUCUCUGUUAUUUUUUGGAUACACACUUCAAGCAUAACAGGUUCUUUAAGCAAUAUGUAUCAGGUUCAAGCUCCGUAGUAAUGGCAAAAUGCAGUGCAGAAUUAACAUUGCGAAGGAACAUUCUCUGUAAAGAAGGAACAUUGCGAUUCCAUGCCCUCUGUUGAUACACGCAAAAACAGUGCCUUUUCUUUGGGUUCUCAAGGAAGAAGAUCAAAGGUUGAGUUCAGAUCACUUGCCAAGGUGACUGAUUCUUCUUCCUCUUCGGCUUGAUUUUGUCCAAGCCCAUUGGGCAGACAUCCGGUCCUAAGAUUCUGGAGUACAAUGGGCCUUAGUUGCUGGGUAGUUUAGUGCGGCCCAUCCCAUAAUCCUACUAAGGGUUUGGGCCCAAGUCUUCAACGGUCCAAAGGACGUUUUACAGUCUGUCCUACAAUCGAAUCGACGGCCGAGAUAUAGCCGUAGCAGGUGCAAGUUUCUCUGUCUCUCUCACACACAAAUACACGCACGUGGGCAAAUAUAUCACAGCGACAUUCCGGGUUUUGGUGUUCGUUGCCGUCGGAAAGAAUCGUUGGAAUAUGCGGUGAUUGAAUGGUCUUUUGAACUCUGAAGGUGAGAAUUCACAGCGUGAAGCCAUUUGCACUAUUUCAAAAUGCAGUCACAAGAUAUAAGAAAAUGGUUCAUGAAGCAACAAGACAAAGGCACUGGGAAUGGCAAUUCAUCAAAGCAGACAAAGUCCUCUACACCGGAAAAGCCUUCUGCGCUCACUCCUCAGUCUGGAAAAUUGGUACAAGGAAUGCAAGAAUGUUCUGGUAGGAGGAAAACAAGCAAAUAUUUUGCUAAAGAUGGGAAAAAUGCAAAGGAUGAGAUGGAGGUUGAGGAAAGUUCUACAGAAAAGAAGGGACAAAGGGGCAGUAUGGAGUUAACCAAAGUAAAGUCCCCACCUGGAAAAAAAAUCCACAAACUUGAGAAUGAUGAUGAAGAUGAAGAUUUUGUUAUCCCUACUUCAGGGAAGGGGUCGGUGGAUACCACUCCAAACAAGAAACUGAAAAGUGGUUCUGGUAAAGGAGUUGCUCAAAAACUUGUUAAUGAGAGUGACGAGGAUGAUGGUGGAAAGGUACAAUCUAAGUCAAAAUCUGCUGGAAGGGGUAGGGGUCGUGGUGCGAAAGGUUCUUCGAUCACUCCAACAACCACAAAAGGCAUGGAUGUUGAUGAAAGUGACCCAGAGGAUAUGGAUGAUAACGAUGCCAAUUCUAUAAAAUCUGGUGGGCGAGGCCGCGGUGGAAGAGGUGCACCAGCAGGUGGAAGAGGCAGGGGUGGUGGAGGAAGGGGUGGGUUCAUGAACUUUGGUGAGAGGAAAGAUCCUCCUCAUAAAGGAGAGAAGGAAGUUCCUGAAGGUGCUCCUGACUGUUUAGAUGGGUUGACUUUUGUGAUUAGUGGAACACUUGACAGUUUAGAAAGAGAAGAAGCUGAGGACUUGAUCAAACGCCAUGGCGGGCGUGUUACUGGAUCUGUCAGCAAAAAGACGAAUUAUCUUCUUUGUGAUGAAGACAUUGGUGGCCGGAAGUCCGCCAAGGCUAAGGAGCUUGGUACUGCUUUUCUUACGGAGGAUGGUUUAUUUGAUAUGAUUCGAACAUCAAAUAAAUCAAAAACCUCUGCACAGAUUUCAAAGAUGCCAGUCGAUAAGGUUGCACCGUCUCCUCCUAAGAAGAGCCCUCAAAAGUCUGGAAAAACUGAACAUGCUGCCAAUCUUGUUGCAAGGAUAGAUGUAAAAGGAUUGACCUCUCGCGCAUCUUCUUCCAAGCGAAAAGAUCAAUCUACGGCACAAACUUGGUUGCCGUGGACCGAAAAAUAUAGGCCAAAGGUUCCAAAUGAUAUUGUUGGGAAUCAGUCCCUGGUGAAGCAGCUCCAUGAUUGGUUAGUAAAUUGGAAUGAACAAUUCCUUAACACGGGGAAAAAGGGGAAGGGAAAGAAACAGAAUGACUCUGGAGCAAAGAAAGCUGUGCUGCUGAGUGGCACACCUGGCAUUGGAAAGACUACAUCAGCGAAGUUAGUAAGUCAGAUGCUUGGUUUUCAGACAAUUGAGGUUAAUGCUAGUGACAGUCGAGGAAAAGCUGAUGCUAAAAUAGAGAAAGGAAUUGGUGGAAGUACUUCGAAUUCUAUCAAAGAACUUGUUAGCAAUGAAGCCCUGAAUCUUAAAAUGGACUGCUCUCAGCCUCCGAAGACUGUUCUUAUUAUGGAUGAGGUUGAUGGCAUGUCUGCUGGAGAUAGAGGUGGCGUAGCUGAUCUUAUUGCCAGCAUCAAAAUCUCAAAAAUUCCUAUAAUAUGUAUAUGUAAUGAUCGCUACAGUCAGAAACUUAAGAGCCUAGUAAACUACUGCUUACUUCUUAGCUUCCGGAAGCCAACAAAGCAGCAGAUGGCUAAAAGGUUAUCGCAAAUAGCAAAAGCAGAAGGCCUUCAAGUUAAUGAGAUUGCUCUUGAGGAACUUGCUGAAAGAGUUAAUGGAGAUAUCCGUAUGGCCCUCAACCAACUGCAGUAUAUGAGUCUCUCAAUGUCUGUCAUUAAGUUCGAUGACAUCAAACAGCGCCUUCAAAGCAAUUCAAAGGAUGAAGAUAUAUCCCCCUUCACAGCUGUUGACAAGUUAUUUGGCUUCAAUGGUGGAAAGUUGAGAAUGGAUGAGAGAAUUGACCUUAGCAUGAGUGAUCCUGAUCUUGUUCCCCUUCUUAUCCAGGAAAACUAUAUCAAUUAUAGGCCAAGCUCAGCUGGUAAGGAUGAUAAUGGAAUGAAAAGGAUGAACUUACUUGCUCGGGCUGCUGAGUCCAUUGGGGAUGGUGAUAUUAUUAAUGUCCAGAUUCGAAGGUACCGACAGUGGCAGCUCUCUCAGAUUGGUUGUCUUGCAUCUUCUAUAAUUCCUGCAGCUAUAUUGCAUGGGCAACGGGAAACACUUGAGCAGGGGGAACGCAAUUUCAAUAGAUUUGGUGGCUGGCUGGGAAAGAACUCAACUAUGGGCAAGAAUUACAGGCUUCUGGAGGACCUGCAUGUUCAUCUUCUUGCUUCUCGUGAAUCUAACCUGGGAAGGGCACCAUUGCGGCUUGACUACCUUACUCUUCUUUUGAAGCGGUUGACUGAUCCUUUAAGGGUGCUACCGAAGGAUGAAGCUGUUGAAAGAGUUGUGGAGUUCAUGGAUCUGUACUCCAUUAGUAUGGAGGACUUUGACACCAUGGUUGAGAUGUCAAAAUUUAAGGGGCAUCCAAAUGCACUGGACGGCAUACAGCCUGUGGUAAAAUCUGCACUAACAAGAGCUUAUAACAAAGGCAGUUCAUCGCGUGUGAUUCGAUCUGCAGAUCUAAUCACACUUCCUGGAAUAAAAAAGGCUCCCAAGAAGCGAGUUGCAGCCAUGUUAGAACCCGUCGAAGAGACAUUAGCAGAAGAAAAUGCUGAGAACGAAGAAGAAAUCUCAUCAGAUACAGAGGACCAGGAGGAGGAGCUAAUUGAUUCAGAUAAGAAACUGCAGGCAGACCUGGAGUCUUUAAAUUCAAAGGGGAUCCAAGUACAAAUGGAGUUGAAGGGCUCAGGAAGCUCCUCAAGCGCCAAAAAGCCGCCCUCAGGCAGAGGAAAAGGAAGUGCUGCAACAUCGGAUGGCAAAGGUGGUCGGGGGUCUAGGGCUGCUUCCAAGAGAAAGAGAUAAGAGUGUUGCCACUGUGUAUAACAGACGAGUCGUAAUUAGCCUGUUUUUUCUCCGCAGUUUUGGUUCUGCUUUGGGUGGUGAAGUUGAUGGAAUGGUAGAUGGUCUUAUCUAAUUCUGGAGCAGAAUGAUUUUGUGUAACUGAGUUGUGUGAAAAUAUGAAGAUAAAGCAUUUUGAGUGCUGCUUUAUUUAGUGAUUGCAUUUAACUCGAGUAGUUCUUCUGCACUCAUCAUUGCCA